CUCGAAGGAGAGAGAGAUUGAGAAAGAGGAGGAGGAGGAGGAGGAGGGAGGAAGAAGGCGGUGGCCAGGAUGGUGUCCGCGUGGGGGCUGCUGCUGCUGGGCUUGUCCCUGGUGUCGUGGGGCCCGGUCCCCUCGGGGGCCUCCGUCCACGAAGAGGGAAGCGUCCGUCCAACCGUCUCCACCCGCCUGGGGCGCCUGCGGGGGACACUGCUGAGCGUGGAGGGUGCCCCCGCCCCCGUCAAGGCCUUCCUGGGGGUCCCUUUCGCCAAGCCCCCCCUGGGCGCCCUCCGCUUCGCCCCGCCUGAGCCGCCCGAGCCUUGGUCCCACCUGAGAGAGGCCGCCUCCCAGCCCCCCAUGUGCCUCCAGGACCUGAGCUGGAUGCCAGGGAUGAUCCAAACGCUGAAUGUGAUGCCGCCCAAUGUGUCUGCCUCUGAGGACUGCCUCUACCUCAACGUCUUCACGCCGGACACAGAGGCCAAAUUGCCGGUGCUGGUCUGGAUCCAUGGCGGGGCCCUGCUUGUGGGGUCCGCCUCCUUGUAUGACGCACCUGCCCUCUCUGCCUUCGAGAACGUGGUGGUGGUGGUCCUUCAGUACCGGUUGGGAAUCCCGGGCUUCUUCAGCACCGGGUCCAAGGAGGCGCCUGGCAACUGGGGCUUGCUGGACCAGGUGGCAGCCCUCAGGUGGGUCCAGGAGAACAUCGAGGCCUUCGGAGGAGACCCCACUUCGGUGACCAUCAUGGGAGAGUCGGCCGGAGGGUUCAGCGUGGGGGUCCAGAUUUUGUCCCCGUUGUCCAAGGGCCUCUUUCACAAAGCCAUCUCAGAAAGCGGAGUCUCUCUCCUGUCCGGCAUUUUUGUGAAGAGCCCUGGAGACAUGGUCCAGAUGGUUGCCAAUGUCUCUGGCUGCGAGAACAGCAGUCCAGCUGCCCUGGUGCGUUGCUUGAGGAGCAAAACGGAGGAGGAACUGGCUGCCCUGAACAUCCAGCUGUGCCAGGUUCUUGGAAUGGUCCCUGCUGUGGUUGAUGGGGAGUUCCUUCCAAAGGCACCGGAGGAGAUGCUGGCUGAGAAGGAGUUUAGCAAUGUUCCAUAUGUGAUCGGCAUGAAUAACCAAGAAUAUGGCUGGGUUAUCGCUCAGUCACCUAUCUUACCUUCCCUCACGGAAGGCAUGGACCGGCAGGCGGUGGCAGCUGCCUUCCAGGAAUCGGCCCCCAUCCUGAAGCUACGGCUAGAGGUCACGCAGAGGGCCCUGGAGGAGUAUUUGGGGGAGACGGAAGACCCGCAGGAACUACGGGCUCAGUUUCAGGAUUUCAUGGGGGACGUCAUGUUUCUCCUUCCUUCUGUUCGGGCAGCUAGAGCUCAUAGAGACUCUGGUGCCCCCGUCUACUUUUACGAAUUCCAGCAUCGCCCUUCCAUCUUCAGAGACACAAAGCCGGCUUUUGUCAAGGCCGACCACGGAGAUGAAGUCGCCUUUGUGUUGGGAACGCCGUUCUUAAGCAGCAAGGAUUCCCCGCUUGGGGAAUACACGGAGGAGGAGAAGCGGCUCAGCAAGACGGUGAUGAGAUACUGGGCGAACUUUGCCCGCAGCGGGAACCCAAACGGCCACGGGCUGGUGGAGUGGCCCCAGUACGACCAGAAGGAGGGCUACCUGGAACUGGGCCUGGAGCCAAGAGGAGCCCAGAGGCUAAAGCAGAACAGAGUCCACUUCUGGCUGAAGACCCUGCCUGAGCAGAUGCGGGGGGAGACGGCGGAGGGGAAAACACAUCAAGAGCUGUAGGGAAGGGAGGGGUGGCCACGGAGGAGCACCUCCAGGGAGGAGGCAGCAGCUUCAGGAGCAGAGCAGUUGAGUUGCCUCUCCGUCUCACAAAAACAGAGCCUGGUGAACGUCAUGGGGAAAUCAUUGGCAAUGAGUUGGGUGAGGAGGAGUCCUGGGGACACAGGGAAGGGCUGGGGCCUCCUGGGGAUUAGUCAGAAAUCCCUUCCAUUGAUUGAGAAGAUUGGUCAGGCAGCACAUACUCAUGCGGCAUGUAUUUCAAAGCUUAUGGACACAUUUCCAUUUCAGGGAGGCAUCUCCCCGUUGGUUCUGCUGCCUAAGAAGGCUGUGGAGAUGCUUCCCUCUCUGUGCCUUCUUCUGGGUCAUGGCUCCUCGCCCAAGCAACAAACCCACAGGCACCUAGGAUGUUUACCAGCCUCUGCCCUUUGUUCUGGGGAGGGGCCGCCAGUGGGGCUCCUGGGGGGGGGGGGAGUCCACUCUGAAAGGGAGCAGGGCCUCUCUCCUGGAAGGGCUGGCCUCAGGGAUCUCUCCAUUGUUUUGUUGGAUUGUGCACAGGGUUCCUUUCAUGAAGGCAUGUUUGUACUCGUAAAAUAAACACCGUUCCUCUGUGACGGCAGAAAAG